CUGUGCUAUAUGUUAUGUUCGUCUUCCUCAGUCAGAUCCGAAGACUGAAACUCAUUAAUGGAAAAAGCAAAUCCAAACCAAAUCAACUCUUAACUUGAUGGAAAAGCUUCUGUGAACUCAAAUUAAUUGAUCUUACAACUUUAUCAAAUGAGGCUUUUGCAGUUGGCUUUCUUACUUUCUUUGGCUUCUGGUUUUGCAGUCCUCUUCAUCUACAUCACUGGAGUCUCUAAUCUUCAUGAGAGACUCUCGCUUUCGGAUGAUGAUUUGGAGGCUUUGGAAUCUUUACAAAGCGGUUUCCAGAAGUGUGUGAGUGCAAAUGGAUUGGGAUUACGGGCUGUGAGUGGCAAAGACUAUUGUCAAGUUAAAAUGACAUUUCCCAGUGAUACCAUUCCAAAAUGGAAAGAUCCUAAAACUGGUGAACUUGAAGGUGUAUCAUAUGACUUCAAUAUCUGUGAAGCUGUGGCUACAUGGGAACAGGUUCGGAACAGCACCACGAUACUGACCAAAGAGUUCAUUGAUGCUUUACCAAAUGGUUGGGAGGACUAUGCAUGGCGGAGGAUAAACAAAGGAAUAAAUCUCAAUCGCUGCGAGAAUAAAAAGUUAUGCAUGGAGAAACUUUCAUUGGUACUCCCUGAAACACCUCCAUAUAUUCCACGACAGUUUGCCCAAUGUGCUGUUAUUGGAAACUCUGGAGAUCUUUUAAAAACAAAAUUUGGAAAGGAAAUAGAUACUUAUGACGCUGUAUUUCGAGAAAAUGGUGCACCAAUCCAGAACUAUACUGAUCAUGUGGGUAGAAAAAGUACAUUUCGUCUUCUUAACAGAGGAUCUGCCAAAGCCCUUGAUAAAGUUAUAGAGUUAGACGAAUCAAGGAAGGAGGCAUUGAUCGUCAAAACAACUAUUCAUGACAUUAUGAACAAGAUGAUUCGGGAAAUUCCAAUAAAAAAUCCUGUGUAUCUUAUGCUGGGUGCUUCUUUUGGCUCUGCGGCAAAAGGAACCGGGCUCAAGGCACUUGAGUUUGCUCUCUCUAUAUGUGACUCUGUAGAUAUGUAUGGUUUCACAGUGGACCCAGGCUAUAAAGAAUGGACUAGAUAUUUCUCAGAAUCUCGACAAGGUCACACUCCUUUGCACGGCAGGGCAUACUACCAAAUGAUGGAAUGUUUGGGUCUUAUCAAAAUUCAUUCUCCAAUGCGAGCCAAUCCAAACCGUGUUGUAAGAUGGGUACCAGACAAGGAUACAAUUAGAGCUGCUAGAAUUGCAGCGGAGAAAAUAUUAAGGAGGGCCGGAGCAGGGUCUGGAGACCCACUGGGGGCAUGUUCAAUCAUAACGAAACAAGUCAAAAGAAAUCACAUAGAAAAAGUGAGAAAGGCUGCCGUUGAUCAUCAGAAAUAUGUAAGAGGUGCAACUAUGUAUCCUUUGGAGCAUAACACUGAACACGGUAUGCUCUGCACCGUGCCGAAAUCAUAAUUUGAAAGCACUGGAUCAACCUUGCAGGAUUAGUGAAUUUUUCGAUGAAGAACUGGUACAAUCUAACAAAUGGAUGAAACAGAAGGUAUUCAUUCAUUUUCGAAUAGCUUCAACAACUCCCCCAUUUUUUAAUACAAAUUAUGAGUUUUUCCAUACCAUCAAGUCAUUCUAGUUUAGUUUUCUUGUAGUCAAGGGGAAAAUAUAGGAUGAGAUUAGUUUGACUUAAAUCUGCAUAAAAAAAAAUAUAUGGAAAAACAAUUCUUUUUCUUUUAUUCUAGAUGUGGUUUAAAGAUAACAGUGUCUUUUUCAUUCAUGUAACAUUAUUUUCCAUAACAGUCAUAAUCUCGAUAUCUUUUGCUGUGUUACAUGUGGUGUUGAUUUAAGUCCAAAACAUUUGUAUCACAUGUCCUUUAAUUUCUAUUCUAGCUUUUAUUUCUUGUA